AUGGUGCGCACCAAGUCUGCUCGGAAGCGGAAGGCCCCUGACUCGAGGGAGCAGGCAUGCAUGCUGUGUGGCCGGGCAGAGGCUGACCCGGAUCUCUGCGGGCGCAAAAUGGAGAAGCAAGACAUCUGCGCCCAUGAGUUUUGCCUGUUUUUUGCCAAUGAGAUUUUUCAUCCUGGGUGUAAGGAUGGGGUGUUGCUUAAGGAUGUUCGACGGGCAAUCAAGCGGGCAGCAAGGAAGCACUGCUUCGUCUGUGGCGAGACCGGGGCCGCCAUCACGUGCCAUGAGACGGGUUGCGACCGCAGCUUCCAUCUCCCCUGUGCUGUGGAGGGUGGAUGCGUCACCCAGUUCUUUGGGCUCUACAGGUCCUUCUGCUGGGAGCACCGGCCAGAGCAGGCAGUGGAGGCAUCUCCGGAGGAGAACACCCCCGGCCUCAUCUGCCUGGAGCCGGUGGAGGAGAACAAGUCCUACAGCACCAUGGUGUGCCCAGCCUGCAAGCACGCCUGGUUCCACAGGGGCUGCAUGCAGAAACAGGCUUUGCACGCUGGCUUCUCCAGCUUCCGCUGCCCACAUUGUCAAAAUGAAUACCGAUUUCUUAUGGAAAUUCUCACCAUGGGGAUCCGAAUCCCCUUCAGAGCACCAUCAUGGGAGGAAAACGGUGCCUAUGAACAAUUAUAUGAGAGGCACAGCCGCUGCGAUGCCUGCCA